AUGGAUUUGGCCAACCUCCUCCACGGCACCGCCUCGGCCCCCAAGCCGUAUACCGAGAGCUACGGCAAGCGCUCAUUCCAAGCGCCUCUUUCGCCCCCAGUGGAGGAUCAGCCCAAGUGCUCGCUGCCCUCGAUCUCGACUCUGCUGGAGGGUGCCGAUGGAGCUCAGCAUGCAGCUAAGCGUCAACGCCUCAGCCCGCCUGCUCACCAGCGCGAUGCCCGCUACGACACAGUCUGCCUGCCGCCCACGCCGCCACUCCGGCCAGGCUCAGGCUCCGGCCACAGCACACCACCAGCUCCACGGCCCCCCAACAACAUAUCUCCCACGCCGGCCCCUACGCCUCGCCCGCCCCCAGCGUCUCCUCAUCCACCUACACAUCCCCCGUCGAGACCACCCCCCCAAAGCACCAUGUACUACGCCCGCCCACCCAGCACAACCACCUUCAACCCGCCCACCCCAGCAACCGCGCCCCUGCCCACCAGCCAAGCAGCCUCGCCCGCGCUCAUCUCGCCCGUGACUCCCGCCUGGCAGCACCACCACUAUUUCCCGCCGUCCAGUGCGGCGCCCUACCAGCAGAACCACGACCGCUACAUCUGCCGCACCUGCCACAAGGCCUUCUCGCGGCCGUCGAGCUUGCGCAUUCACUCGCACUCGCAUACGGGCGAGAAGCCCUUCCACUGCACACACCCGGGCUGUGGCAAGGCGUUCUCCGUGCGCAGCAACAUGAAGCGCCACGAGCGCGGUUGCCACUCUGGUCGGCCGUCAGUGCCUCCCGCUGCGACUCUUGUGUCGUGA